AUGAGGAGCUUCAAACCAUCCCGGCUCGCCAGCCAGGGCCUGCUCUCAUCAGUGCGUCCUGCCAGAGCUGCGAUAUCGCUGUGCCAGAGAAGUACAUCUGGUCCGUGGUCGGCCUCUCGCACAAGGUUCGAGACGGAUCAGCGCCGCUCCCUCAGCUCCCACCCGUCCGCCCUCAAGGAGCUGGUGACCGUGUCGGAAGAGGUCAAGGAUGCGGUCGCUACCAACAAGCCGGUCGUCGCCCUCGAGUCUACCAUCUACACCCAUGGCGCGCUGGGCGAGGACCUGCUCCUGGAAGACAUCAUCCGCGAGCAUGGCGGUGUCCCCGCCGUCUGUGGCGUGCUGGACGGCGUGCCCUCUGUCGGUCUGUCCAAGGCUGAUGUGCAGCGCAUGAUCGACGAGGGCGCCAGCAAGAUCUCCAGGAGGGACUUUGCAUACGUUGUUGGCAAGGGACUCGCUGGGCGCCGCUCUCAUGGAGGCACUACCAUCUCGGGCACCAUGGUGCUCGCCCGCCUAGCCGGCAUCCGCGUGUUUGGAACCGGUGGUCUUGGUGGUGUCCACCGUGGCUGGGAGAGCACCCUGGACAUCUCGGCCGAUCUGACCGAGCUGGGCAGGACCAGGGUCGCCGUCGUCAGCAGCGGCUGCAAAGGCUUCCUCGAUAUCAAGGCUACCCUCGAGUUUCUCGAGACGCACGGCGCCUUCGUCUCGACCUUUGCCGAUGGCCGCACGGGCCAGGUCGACUUUCCCGCCUUCUGGGCCCGCGAGAGCGGCAUCAAGAGUCCCGCGGUCGUCCAGGACGAGGCCGAGGCCGCGGCCAUCAUCUACGCGCAGGAGAGCAUGGGGAUCGAGUCGGGCUUCCUGUUCGCCAACCCGAUUCCGGAGAAGGACGGCGUGCCCCGCAAGGAGAUGGAGGCUGCCAUUGACCAGGCCGUUCGCGAAGCCCAGGAGCAGGGCUUCACCGGCAGCACCAAUACGCCUUUCGUUCUGAAGAGGAUCAGGGAGCUCACGCAGGAGAAGAGUACCGUGGCCAAUAUCGCCUUGGUCCGCUCCAACGCGGCCAGAGCUACCAAGAUAGCCAAUGAGCUUUCGGCGCUUCUCAUCAACGGACCGUCGAAUGCUUCUUCCAAAUCGUAUUCUUCCCUUCCAAGCCGUAGUGCCUCGCCGAGACCCACGCCACGUACUUCUGAUGUCAAGCCCCAGCAGACCACUUCACAGGCUGAUAUUCUCGUUGCCGGCGCUGUGGCCCUGGAUCUGAGCUGUGACUACGCGGGCGGCUCUGGAGGGGCAGUCUCUCCCAAGCUUCACACGUCCAACCCUGCCACGAUAGGCCAGUCAAUAGGGGGCGUGGGCCACAACGUGGCUCUGGCAGCUCAUCGAGCUAGCCGCAGCAGUAAAGUCAAACUCUGCAGCAUGGUCGGUGAUGAUAUUGCCGGCGCCACUAUCAUGUCGACCCUCGAGCGCUCUGGCCUAGACACCUCGUGUAUCCGGCAAUUAGGUGCCGAGUACCACGCUGCCAGGACAGCCCAAUACGUCGCCGUCAACGACGCCGAGAAGAACCUUAUGGUCGCCAUGGCGGAUAUGGGCAUCUUCACAUCCCACUCCUUCCCCUCCUACUGGGCCUCCACCGUCGCAGCAGCGAAGCCAAAGUGGGUCGUCGUCGACGGCAACUGGAGCGAGCAGGACAUCCGUGCCUGGGUCAAGGCCGCCCGCCAGCACGGUGCCAAGCUCGCCUUCGAGCCCGUCUCGACCGUCAAGUCGAUGCGCCUGUUCUCGCCGCUCAAGGAGCACAUCAGUGCCGGCGUGUUCCCGGACCCGGUCGUCGACAUCGCGACGCCGAACCAGCACGAGCUGGCGGCCAUGCACGCCGCCGCCAAGGACAACGGCUACUUUGACGACAUGAAGUGGUUCGAGGUCAUCGACGCCUUUGGCCUCACCGGCGGCGCCAGGGACCGGUUCGUGCGCCUGACGUCGGCCGAGAUGGCCGACGCGGGCAUCCCCGUGCAGACGAUCCAGCUGCUGCCCUACAUCCCGACCAUCGUCACCAAGAUGGGCGCCAACGGCGCGCUGCUCGUCAGCGUGCUGGGCAAGGACGACCCGCGGCUGUACGACCGCGCGUCGGAGCCGUUCAUCCUGACGAGGGCGACGAAUGACCACCCCAGCGUGGGUGGCGUGUACAUGCGGUACUUCCCGCCGGUCGCAAGGGUCAAGGACGUGGUUUCUGUCAAUGGUGUUGGUGAUACGUUCCUCGGCACGCUGGUGGCGGGGUUGGCUCAGGGGGGAAGGGCGGAGGAUCUGAUGGAUGUUGCGCAGAAGGCGGCGGUCAUGACGCUGAGAAGUCAUGAGUCGGUCAGCCCUGAGCUUUCGAGGUUGGAGGAGGAGCUGCUUUUUGCGGCGAAGCAAAGAGGGUGA